AUGAGGCCGUUGCUUCUGACAGUCAUUUUGCUGGCUGUUGCCAAAGCUCAAGCAGCGGCAGUGUUUGCUCAUUUCAUGAUGUCUAAUACGGGCAACUACUCGACAAGCGACUGGGAAGAUGACCUUAAGCUCGCUAAAGACGCUCACAUCGACGCCUUCGCUCUGAAUAUCGCCUACGGCAACCCUGUUAACGACAAAGCCAUUUCAACUGCUUUCAACGUUGCCCAAAACAUUGAGUUUCAACUCUUUUUCUCGUUCGACUACGCCGGAGGCGGCGCUUGGCCCCAGGAAGACGUGAUCAAGCUCUUGGAAACGUACACCCCGUCUGAGGCUUAUUACCGUCAUGACAAGAAGCCAUUCGUGUCUACCUUCGAAGGGCCCAGCAAUGCAGACGACUGGAAGGUCAUCAAGAAAAUCACGGGUUGCUUCUUCAUGCCAGAUUGGUCCUCCCUCGGGGCCAAAAAGGCAUUGGAAACUGGCGCCGGUGUCGUCGACGGUCUCUUCAGCUGGGCUGCCUGGCCUUGGGGUCCCAAUGACAUGCAAACCUACGAUGACGCUUCCUAUCUCCAGUACCUCAACCAGAGUGGUAUCGCCAUGCCAUACAUGAUGCCGGUCUCUCCUUGGUUCUACACGAACUUGCCUCGCUACAACAAGAACUGGCUCUGGCGUGGUGAUGAUCUGUGGUACCACCGCUGGAAUCAGGUGCAUUAUGUCAAGCCCGAGUUUGUCGAGAUCCUGACCUGGAACGACUAUGGAGAGUCCCACUACAUUGGCCCCCUUCGUGAUCACACAUUUGAAGCUUUCGAUAACGCGCCUUUCAACUACGCCGCGGAUAUGCCUCAUGAUGGCUGGCGUCUGUUUCUCCCCUUUGUGAUCGAUCAGUACAAGACUGGCACGGCCAAAAUCGACAAGGAAGGUAUCGUUGCCUGGUACCGGCUUCAGCCUGCUCUCUUUUGCAACGACGGUGAUACUUCCGGCAACACGGCGAGCCAACUCCAGUACGAAUUCGACGCCCAGAUUAUCAUGCACGACAACGUUUACUUCUCCGCUCUCCUUGGAUCUGAAGCUGAUGUGACUGUCUCCGUUGGCGGCAAGAAACUCCCCGCGAGCUGGACAUGGAAACCAGAUGGUGGCGUUGGUAUCUAUCAUGGCAGUGCCAAAAUCUCCGGUGAGACUGGUCCUGUUUUGGUCACUAUCUCGCGCAACCACCGCAAUCUCGCACAGGUCAAGGGCAAAGAGAUCACAAUCGACUGCGACAAGUUUCACGGCAUGGCCAACUUCAACGCGUGGGUUGGAAGCGCACAGUCAUCGGAUUCCAUCUCAGCUUCUCCUCACCUCAGUCUUGCGGACCAGGUGUGCAUUAAUGGCACUGCGCUUGUCAACUUCAAAGACCUUUGCGAGUAUUCCUGUGAAUAUGGUUACUGUCCCAUUGGUGCUUGUACCUGCAGAGCCAUGGGUGCUCAACGUCCAGAGCCGAAUAUCACCAACGUGCACGGAUACCCCAUUUCCGGGGAGGACGAGAACUACAGCGGUCUCUGCUCAUGGGACUGCAAUCACGGCUUCUGUCCUGACAACGCCUGCGGCACCGUCAAAGUCCCUCUCACGACACCCAAAGUCUCCGACUUCACCCCCCACGCCUGUAUCGAAGGAUCUGGUCAGGGUGGCCUUGCUGAUCUGUGCGAGUUCUCGUGCCGUUAUGGGUUCUGCCCGAUCUCCUCUUGCAAGUGCAACAAAACCGGCGACCUUGUUGAAGCCCCCUCCUCGACCACUGUCACGGCUAGUGCAGCCAGCGGCAGGGAAGCCACUCUCUAUGAGGAGCUUUGUGGCUUUGCAUGCUCGCAUGGAUAUUGCCCGACUUCGGCUUGCGCUACAAAGACGCCAAUUCCAACUGGCAGAGGUGGUCAGGUUGUUCAUGUUGACCCUGCUGUGUGGAAGGACGAGAAUCCCGAAAUGACCUGCGAGCCUCCGUGUGUUUUGAUCCCUGCCCCGUUGACGCUCGACAAGCCCACCACGAUCUCGUUCCCGCCAUUAACCACUGCCGUCACUUACUACUCGGAGGCGACAAAGACGUUGACCGUCAGCAAGGGCAGCACCAAGCUGUACCCUUCAUACAGCCUGGUCACCGCUCCUACCGUGAUUAACAUCAACCCGAGUAAGUACACUUCUAAGAAUUGUCGGUUCACGCCAGCUAACAUCUUAAUAGUCACCGACACGACGAUUGAUGUCUGGGCCAUCACGGUCACGAGUGGCAUGCCCGAGCAGAUCUACAUGACGAGCUCCGUUCAGCCUUCUCCAGUUACUCUUACUGUGACUCCGCACGAGAACCCUUCCUGCUACCUAUGGUCUUCGAGAGGAUGCUAA